CAUUCAGAAUGAUGUUUGCCAUUGCCUGCUUUGCCUUGGUGCUGCCAGCACUGACCCUCUCACAGGGCUACUCGGAGGGGUAUUUUCCGAGCAGACAAUACCAUCACGAGCCAACAGUCGACCAGCAGUACGACUACGGAUCCUGCGGGGGCCGUGUUUGCGCCUCCAAUGGGUAUCGCUACGCCAACUUCGCCAAUAUCUGCCGCCUGAACGACUACAAUUUGAGGCUUGUGUUUGCUGGCCAUGCAGAAUUUGUCGAAGUGGAUCCGAUAUACUGCCAUCAGCCCCCAAGAGAUGUGGGAUACUACUACAGACCGCAACCAGCACCCGAAUCGCACCGACCAGGCUAUUCGCCGCACGUGCCCUGCAUUCCCAUGACCCGGCCCCACAUCGGACCCCAACACAUCGCUCAGUCAGCAAGUGCUUUUGCUUUCAGUGGAUAUUCUUCGCCUGCUAUUCCGUUCUGGUUUUACAAGCCUGCGAUGUCUCCCACAAGGCCCCCAGCUGACAGCAAAAUUUAUUGGUAUCAGGCGCCCCAUACGAGCAAGCGACCUGUAACCUACUAUUACCCAACAACAUCCACCGAAUCUUCAACGACGAGUACCACCAACGACCCUUCAACAACAACCACCGAAUCUUCAACGACGAGUACCACCAAUGACCCUUCAACAACAACAAGCAGCGAAUCUUCUACGACGAGUACCACCAAUGACCCUUCAACAACAACCACCGAAUCUUCAACGACGAGUACCACCAACGACCCUUCAACAACCAGCGAAUCUUCUACGACGACGAAUCUUCCAUCAACGAGUACCACCAAUGACCCUUCAACAACAACAGCAACCACCGAAUUUUCAACGACGAGUACCACCAAUGACCCUUCAACAACAACAAGCAGCGAAUCUUCUACGACGAGUACCACCAAUGACCCUUCAACAACAACCACCGAAUCUUCAACGACGAGUACCACCAACGACCCUUCAACAACCAGCGAAUCUUCUACGACGAGUACCACCAAUGACCCUUCAACAACAACAAACAGCGAAUCUUCCACGACGAGUACCACCAAUGACCCUUCAACAACAACAGCAACCACCGAAUUUUCAACGACGAGUACCACCAAUGACCCUUCAACAACAACAACCAGCGAAUCUUCUAUGACAAGUACCACCAAUGACCCUUCAACAACAACAAACAGCGAAUCUUCUACGACGAGUACCACCAAUGACCCUUCAACAACCAGCGAAUCUUCUACGACGAGUACCACCAAUGACCCUUCAACAACAGCAACCAGCGAAUCUUCUACGACGAGUACCACCAAUGACCCUUCAACAACAACAACCACCGAAUCUUCAACGAUGAGUACCACCAAUGACCCUUCAACAACAGCAACCAGCGAAUCUUCUACGACGACUAACACAAAUGUUCGCUCUGCGGUUUUACGCACAGAACUCAACUCUGCUGUGGAUCCGGUUACCAUACAGAUCACAGGUCCGAACGGGAAAUCCGUGCGCCUCGUCCUCUCCGACCUGGAAGCUGGAGGAAGCACAUGCACUGAUGCGUACACCCUGGACGUGACCAGGGGAUCGACGGUGUUAUUUCAGUUUACUGGUUGCGCGGAUGCAAACACAGCCCCGUGGAUCAAGCCGUCAUACCUUUUCUACCAUACAUCCACCAGCGUUGUCCAAACCUGAUGACGCUCAUUCACAAAUACUCCGAAAAAUCUAUUACUGAACAAUAAAU